GCAUUUACUUCGGGAGUCAAAACUAUGGGGAGCCGUAGUCAACUCAAAGUCAACUUUUCGAUGACUUGGAGAUCGUGCCGGCGCUCGACCCCGGAUGAUAAGGCGUUUUAGUGUGAUAUCAUUUAGAAAUAAUUGAUCUGUUGGUCAAUCAUACAAGCAUUGUAUUUAUCCUUCGAAGGAGUCCAAGCCAUUUAGCCACUUUCGAGUUAAAGGAAUCGGUUAGGCUGGUGCGAUUGUCGCACUUCGUUAAAAACGAAUACCAAUUCUUGACACUGAAUUGGAGGCGUACCCUCAUGAGAUGUGGGAGUGCUUAUAAAUAGAAAUAUAGGUACCUACUGUUAUAUCGUUAGUGAUUACCCUGUGAUUCUACCAGAGUGUGAGGUUUAGCCUUGUAAUUUUCUCGUGAGAUUUGAACCGUCGACAUAAACAUCACAAAGCCAUGCUAAGAUGGAUAGUAUAUCUGGCAGUUUUUGGCUGCCUCUCUGUAGCAGUGGACCGUGGGAAUUUCAAGACCUGUGAUCAAAGUAGCUUCUGCAAGCGGAACCGGGCACUGACGCCGGGCCAGUCGCCGUACCGCGUGUCGCCCGACUCUGUGGCGGUCUCCGGCGCGGAGGUGACGGCGCGGCUGCAGGACGGCGCGGCCGCCGGCGCCGUGCCGCUGCGCCUCACACUCACAGCACUGGCCGACACCACAGUCCGUCUGUUCGUGGUCGAGGAGACCCCGCUGCGGCCGCGCUACUCGCCGCAGUACGCUCUCGAGCGGCCGCCCACCGCCGACCCUGCCGGCUUCAAGGUGGUCUCGCAGACGGCCGAGCGGCUGCACUUGUCGUUUGGCACGGACGGCCAGCUGGUGCUCAGCUACGAGCCAUUCCAGCUGGAGGUGGCCCGGGCCGGCACCACCGUCAUCACCGUCAACUCGGCCGGCCUGUUCAACUUCGAGCACUACCGCCCCAAGCCGCAGCCGAAGGAGGCGGCGGCGGAGGCGGAGGGAGGCGAGGCCAGCGACCAGGAGCAGCCGGCCGCCGACAGUGAGCAGCCAGGCCAAUGGGAGGAGAACUUCAAGACGCACCGGGACAGCAAGCCGCACGGACCGUCGUCGGUGGGCGUGGAUGUGACCUUCCCCGGCUCGGCUCACGUGUACGGCAUUCCCGAGCACGCCGACAACUUUGCCCUCAGUGACACCAAGUCAGGAGAGCCGUACCGGCUGUACAAUCUGGACGUGUUCGAGUAUGAAGUGGGCAACCCGAUGGCGCUGUACGGUUCCGUGCCAGUCGUACUCUCACAGAGCGCCACGCACGGGGCGGCCGGCGUGUUCUGGCACAACGCCGCCGAGACGUGGGUGGACGUGCGCUCGGAGCCCGACUCGGGCCUGGUGUCGACCGUCACCUCGUACCUGGGUGGCAGCCGCGCGCAGGCCAGCAAACACCUGCACUGGAUCUCCGAGUCCGGCGCGCUGGAUGUGUUCCUGAUGCUGGGCCCGACGGCGGCCGAUGUGAUGAGGCAGUACAAACAGCUGACGGGCGUCACUCAGCUGCCGCCGCUGUUCGCCCUGGGCUACCACCAGUGCCGGUGGAACUACAACGACCAGCGUGACGUGGCCGAGGUGGACUCUCAGCUGGACAGACACGAUCUGCCGUUCGACACCAUCUGGCUCGACAUCGAGCACACGGACGGAAAACGCUACUUCACCUGGGACAGUCACAAGUUCCCCUCGCCGGAGGAAAUGAUCCGUAACGUGACGUCACGCGGCCGCAAGAUGGUCACCAUUAUCGACCCGCACAUAAAGCGCGACAACGGCUACUUUGUGCACGCGGACGCCACGGCCAACGGAUACUACGUCAAGGAUCGCGACGGAAACGACUUCGACGGCUGGUGCUGGCCCGGCUCCUCGGGCUACCUGGACUUUUUCAACCCGGCCGUCCAGGAGUACUGGGCGUCCCGGUUCCAGCUGGACAACUACAAAGGCUCCACGCUCGACCUCUACACGUGGAACGACAUGAACGAGCCGAGCGUCUUUAACGGACCAGAGGUGACGAUGCACAAGGACGCGCAGCACCACGGCGGCUGGGAGCACCGCGACCUGCACAACGAGUACGGCAUGCUGGUACCGAUGGCCACGGCCCGCGGCCAGGUGGCCCGCUCGGGCGGCACGCUGAGGCCGUUCACGCUGACUCGCGCCGCGUUCGCGGGCUCUCAGCGGUUUGGCGCCAAGUGGACGGGCGACAACACGGCCCAGUGGUCUCACCUGAAACACUCGCUGCCCAUGUUACUCUCCAGCUCCGUGGCCGGGAUCUCCUUCAUCGGCGCCGACAUCGGCGGCUUCUUCGGCGACCCGGACCCGCAGAUGCUGGUGCGCUGGUACCAGGCUUCCGCCUUCCAGCCGUUCAUGCGGGCGCACGCGCACAUUGACACGCGCCGCCGCGAGCCGUACCUGUUUGGUGAGGAAACCACGCGACUGGUGCGCGCCGCACUGCGCCAGCGCUACCGCUUCCUGCCGCUCUGGUACACGCUGUUCUACGAGAACGAGCUGACGGGCAUGCCGCCGAUGCGGCCGCUGUUCUUCUCGUUCCCCGGAGAUACGUCUGUGUACGGUACGGAUGAUGAGUACCUGAUCGGCGAGGCGCUGCUGGUCCACCCGCAGACGGAGCAAGACGGCCGCUCGGUGUCCGUGUAUUUCCCGGGCGCCGACACGGUGUGGUAUGAUGUGGAUACGGCCGAGAGGUUCGUCCAUGGCACCAGCACCGUCAGCACGCCCCUUGACAAGAUCCCGGUGUACCAGCGGUCUGGUACGAUCGUACCCACCAAGGAGCGACCGCGGCGCGCCAGCGCUCACCAGGCCUCAGACCCGUACACUCUAACGGUGGCGCUGGACGCUGCAUGGACCGCCACCGGUACCCUCUACACGGACGACGGCGCCUCGUUCAGCUACAAGGACGGACAGCACAUCUAUCGCCGGCUCAGCUUCGAAAACAACACGCUCAAGUCCAGCGCCAUCUCUGGCAGCGGUGAGACGGCCGGCUGGGUGGAGCGGGUCGUGGUGCUCGGACUGGACAAGGUGCCCAAAUCGGUCACCGUCACCUCCUCAGGCCGCGAGGAGAACCUCGACUUCAAGUACGACAAGGAUCUGCUGCGACUGGUCAUCAGGAAGCCGGCCGUGAAUGCCGGUGCCGACUGGUCGAUCGUGAUCGCGUAAUGGCCGCCCCGUGGCGGCCGCGCGGCGGCGGGCUGGUCAGUGAUACAGAGCGGCGCGGCGUCGGCCGUGUCUCCUACGGUCUCCCGCGCGUUACGCACAUUCCGGCCGGCAUGACGCCUCGACUGGGACUGGGUGGUGUGGGCCGACUCUCUGGGACCCGGUGGGACCCGGUGGGACUCUGUGGGACUCGGUGGGACUCUGUGGGACUCUGUGGGAGGGUGGGUGUUGGUGGGAGGGCGGUCGCAGCCCUGGUUGUGAUGCUCGCUCCGCCCCAGGCCGCUGUGUUUGGGUGCCCGGUGCUCGGAGACGCCAGCACUGCCGGCGCUAUGCUGUACCCAACAGCGGCAGUUCUGUCUGAGGUCCGCCGGCGUCUGUACCGAACCGGACAGAGGGCUCAAAGGGCCGGCCACGGAGAUACCCACACUGGUGCGUGGUUUACUCAGCCGCGCUAACUCCUACGGGGAGGCGCCGGCGCAAUCUGUUGUCCGCUGUGCAGUGUUGAUGUACCUUUUUUGUCGUCGGUAUCUUAGCGCUAAGCAGGCAAGUAACUUUGUUGCAAGACAAAAGGCGAUGUAUGUUCGUGAGAUUGUUUUCAGUAUCCCCCAACAGAUUCCACCGUUUUAAUUUCCCUGCCUAACGAUUAACGAAUCCCGUCAUCUUUACCGUUUCGCCGCCGUUUUCUGUUGUUUUAGCCAUGUCUCGCUAUACGAUCCUGUCGUCUUCACCGCAAUCUGGUCGCGAUUACGUGCGCCGCUCGCCUGUCUUGCCGGUGGUGGUGGUCCUACCGAUUUUGUGUUUGUCCAUGUUUCUGUUAUUGCUGUGCCUGUGAUGUAAUUUCGUGUCGGUCGUUGUCUGUAACCUAUAAUCUAGUAUUCCUUUGCGUCCAGUCCUCGAUCCAUGCUAUGCUGUUCUUAGUCUGUCCGGGUUCUUUGCCAUCGAGCACGCACCUUGUCGCACUCUCCCGUCGGCCAAUCGUGUGUGGGCGUCUCUCAGUCGUUUUGGCUGCGUCUCGUGUUUAUCUAGUAAUGUCCAUUGCGGGCCUCCUCACCACUAAGGGUUCUCUGCCAGUGAGGAUUCUUUACCAGCGAGGUUUCUCUCUACCAGUGAGGGCUCUCACCAGUGAGGAUUCUUUACCAGCGAGUUAUCACUACCAGCUGGAGCUCUCUCCGUCUCCGGCCUACGAGCCACCGGUGCCGCCGAGUUGACUGCGCGAUAGCUGUUUAUCUGCCCCUCGAGUAUCAGGAUCUGUGACGGAGGACGAUCGUCAGACCAACUGCACGGCCGUGGUGGAGCGCUCCCCUCCCAGCCGUAUAGCUCUAUGACCUGGGGCCGCCGCUCCGCAGUGCCGCUGGCGUCCACCGCACUGCACUGCACCGUCUCGUCUCACGGUGUGCAUCUGUUCGGCCGUGCGGGGCUGUCGCUCGACGGCCCCACGUGUGAUCUAGGUAAUAAGGAUCGGUAAGAAUACAAUACAGGGGUGCGUGAGAUGA